AUGACUUCUGAUUCCUCCGUCUCGGUCUACAAGCUGGAUCAAUUGGAGUACCAAUAUCAUUAUUUAACGAAGACAUUGGAGAAGUUCGAACCAAGAUAUCCGAAAACCCCAAAAUUGUACAAUUGUAUCGGCAAAAAGAACAAGAAAAAAGUUGAAAGGCUAUUGAGCUCUUUAGAAUUGAAAACUUUAAAUAAAGAACUGGAUGAAAGCUACUCAAAGUUACUCAACAAUAAGAUUCAUUACUACGAGACCCAUUUAUCGAAAUGUAUAAAAGAACAAGUUCAAAAAAUGGCUCAAAAAGACUCCAGUAAAACAAGAGAAGCUAAGAGGAACAAAACUGCAACUAUGGAAAUGGAGAAAAUGCUUGGCACACAACUUUCAUUAGAUGACUUAGUACUGUUCAUGACUAGAUUCAAGCUAAUCAAGAUUUUGCAUCAAAGAAUUAAACAAAAGAGCAAAAAGAUUGAAGGUGACACGAAUGCUAAAGCUUGGUUGGAUAAUAGUGAUUACAGUGUUUACAUUAACGAUAAAGCAAAUAAAUGGAACCCCAGUAGUAUCUGGAACAAUGUUAUCACGAAGCUACCCGAUUGUGAAAAGUUAAAUGCGGUGAUUGGUCAAAGUAAAACCGUUCAAAAUUUGGUUGAUUCCUUUGAUUUGAGUAUUUGUCUCAUAUUUGGAUUUGAUGUGAGUGCUAUGAAAGCAAAGAAGUAUGAGGCAAGAGAAAAGCAAUCUAAGACCACUCCAGCGCCCGCCAAUAAUGAGCACAAGGCUGAUGACAAUGAUGAGGAAAAGAACAUGGAUAGGAGUUCUCAUACGAAUACCGGACCAACUCAAAGUAAUAGGGAAAUAACAUCAGACGAUGAAGACCUAUUGGUAAAACAAUAUGAGGGCAUGUUGGCCAGUUCAGGAGAUGAAGAAGAAGGUGAAGGAAACAUAAACCCCAAUAUCAAUUACAAUGAAGUGACAGAUGAAGAUGAAGAUGACGAUGGCGAAGAGGACAUUAGUACAGAGGAGAAUGAACCAAGGAGAAAGAAGGCGAAGGUACAUAACUUGCCUGAACUAAUGGCUGGCUAUUAUAGUGGGGAUGACAGCGAGGAAGAUAGUGACGAGGAAGAUAUGAAUGUGAAGGGAAGGAAAAAGAAUGGUACUGUGGAUGACCAUACGGCUAGGGAACAAAUGUCAAAUGAACCAAAGAGAAAAAACAGACGAGGACAGAGAGCAAGAAGAAAGAUUUGGGAGAAAAAAUAUGGCUCCCAAGCCAAGCAUGUGCAAAUAGAGUUGGAGAAGGAAAUGGAAGAGAGAAAGCAAAGACAAAUCGAAUACGAAGGAAGAGUAGCUAAACGUGAAGCUAGAGCAGCAGAAUUACAAGAAAGUAGGGAUAAAGAACGUAAACGUGAAGGUAGACGUGCUGAAGUGUCUCGCAGGAAGGAAACAGAAACAACCGCCACUGGCGAAGAUCAUCCUUCUUGGAUUGCAAAGAGACUAGCUGAAGAAAAGUUACAAAAAACUAAAUUUGAAGGUAAAAAGAUUAAAUUUGAUUGA